GCAACAACAACAACAAUAUUAACUACAGCCACGUUUCUGCUAUCAACAACAACACAACAACAACGAGAACAACAACUAAAAUCGCAUCAUGGACGAUGGUGCCACAGCAUCGGCGACCAAGAAGAGCAGCACCACCCUCUCGGUGGAUCGAGCCGCUUUUCUCCUGCUGCGCGUCAAGAAGGCGUUCAAGAAGAAGCGACAGCAACGCAAGGAGCGACAGGCACAACAGAGCGGCGCCGGUGCGGCUGGCUGCAUUGGGGGCAGUGGCGCCCAAUCACGCUGUGGCAGUCGCAAAUUGCCGCCGCCAUUGUUACGGUCGCGCACGCUGCCCGCCAUCAUUUUGCCAGGACUUCCGGCCGUCUCGCUGCACACGGAUAAACAAACAUUUCACUGGGAUGAACGGCUUUUAGGAUGCAAAAGCCGCAGCGGCAGCGCCAGCGGCCAUCGUUGGUCUCUGCUCACACGUGGCGGAGGUGGCAGUGGAAGUGGCAGCGGUGCCAACAGCAGCAGCAGUCACAACAACAACAACAGCAAUCUGACCAACAACAACAAUAACACACUAAUGGUAAAGUCAUUGAAUUUGCCCAAAGAUGAUUGCACAUUGAUCUACAGGCGAAAAUCGUCGGGCAGCUCGCCCCAUCAACAGGCGCACGCACAUGCGGCCAUGCAGCAGCAUGUGGCACACAAUCAUCUGCACUUGUAUCAGCAACAUGUUGCCGAUAGCUCACUCUAUCAGCUAUCCGACGAUUUCGAGUGUCAUGCCGAUGGUUCGCUGCUUCUCAGAAUACCCGCUCCGCAGGCAGCACCGUCGCGUGGUUAUCCAUAUCGUUUGGCUGGCAAGAAACGUGCCACAGCAUGCUCGGAGGCAACAACGCCGCUGUCAAGGGAGCAUCAGCACCCGCUGCAUGAUUUCGCUUUGGCCGAGGGCGGCUGUGGUGGAGUCGCCUCUGGGGCCUAUGCGGCAACAUCGACAUCGGCAUCGGCAACGUCGGCGACGACCUUCACACGCCUGGCCAAAUUGCUGCAUCAAUCAAGCGCCAUUACAGCCAGAUCCAAUCUACAGCCGCCGCUGCCGCAUGGCGGCGACAUGGAGGCACAAACCUCGGGUAAACGCAACACAAGCGGCAUGGAACUUGGUCUCGGGCUGGGCGACGAGGCGCCACGUCGUCUGUCCUGGGAAAGGCGCAAGGAUAGCAGCGCAUUGCAACGUUCAGCGAGCAUUGAUUCCUUUGCCGAGAUUGUGUUUUGUGACCUGCCGCGUCCCUCACUAGACAUACCUCGAAAUGCAGGAACAGCAACGGGCACAGCGACAACGACACCAACGCCUUUCAGCAAAAGGCCCUCGGCGAGCAGCCUGUAUUCAACGUGCAGCAGCAUUGCGGCAGCAACGGCGGCAGCUGCCACCUCGUCGCAGUUGCACGCUCAGUUGAAUGUCAAUUAUGGUGACCUGGGCAUCGGAGGAGCAACUGGCCACCAUCAUCACCAUCAGCAUCAGCAUCAUCAUCAUCACGGUGGCAACGGCAGCAGCAGCAGCGCCAGCAGCAGCCGACGCGAGUCCAUGCUGAGUCCAUCGUCAACGCGACGCAAUAAGCUGACCAGAAUCAUUAAUGCGCUCUUUUCAGCCGUGGAGAAUGGACAUCUGGACAAGGCACGCACUAUACUGGAGUCCACGGAUGUCGAUGUCAAUAGCAUCAAUACGGAUGGACUCUCGGCACUGGAUGUGGCGGUACUCAGCAAUAAUCGCUCCAUGACCAAGAUGCUCUUGCAGCAUGGCGCUCUCGAGGGCUCUCAGUUUUCCGUGGAAAGCAUUGGCACUAAGCUCAAUGGUCUGCUCAAAGAUGCCGAGUCACGUAUACAUGAUCUCAGCGGACCGGAGGGACUGUGUCCACCCGUCUUCCAAUCGCGUCCAUCGAUAUCCAGCAUCAUAAUUGGCAAUACGGGUUCUUCGGUCACCGGUUGUACUGGCAACGAGGUGGAUAAGCAGAUUGGCAUUUGGGAGCGUCGGGUGAAGGGGCUGCGUCGCAUGCUCCUCGGCUGGGAUCAGGCGAGGCCACCAGAUGCGCCUGCUUCCGUGGUGGUCGAUGUCACCGGUGACAAUUCCAUCAGCUUGCAAAUACUAGAACCAUUCGAGGGCGCCAUCGGAACUAAAUUCAAAGUUCAAUGGUCAACACGCGCGGACUUCAACAAUGUGGUCGGCGAGCGGGAGCUGCUCGAUUGGAUUAGCUUCCACGGCACCAUGGGUGCGCAGUGCAACAUCUCUGGCCUCACUCAGGGACGGCGUUACUUCCUCCGCGCUGCAUGCGGCAAUGUCAAGGGCUGGGGCAACUAUCUAAACUCAGUGCCCGCCAGCGUAGCGCCCUCAACCUGGCGCGAUUUGGAUAACCGUGAAGAUCGCUUCUUUGGUCGGCAACGCAUUUUGGACAACUUGUUUACCGCCGUGCGGUUGGCGCGUCCUGCAGAUGUCUCCGAGCUCACACUGGAUCCAGGCAGCGUGCAACGAAGGAAUCCCAAAAAGAAAACCACCAUCAAACAGCUAUUUUCAGUGACCUCCAAGUUUCAAAAGACGCUGCGACGGGGCAUCUACUUCGCCUGCAUUGUGCACUGCGAUGACAAGGUGCUGGUGACCAGCGAAGACUUUCCACCCGUCAUUGAGAUCGAUGAAUCGUAUCCGAGUGCACUCCACAUCGACUACUAUUGGCUAAUGAAGGUUGCCUGCACGUGGGAGGAUGUGAAAUCGCUGCGCUCGGAUAUGGAACGCAAUCUCACCUCACCGGUGCACUUUCGCACCAAACUGCUGUCGGCCGUCUGUCAAAUGCAAUCCGCGCUGGGCAUCACCGAUCUGGGGCAGCUGUACUACAAACCACUGCGCGAUGCGCAAGGAACUGUGGUGUUGACUUGUGUGCAGUCGGUGAAGAGCCAGAAGACGGUUUCCAUACUUAACUCACGCUGGCUGCCGGUUAGCAAAUUGCAGAAGAAACUCGGUGCACUGCACGAGGAUUACAAUAUCAAUGAGCUGUUGAUCUCCAGCAUUGGCGAUCAGCUGUAUUAUCAGCAGGCAGCUCUGCAACGCCUCGAACCGGGUCUCUAUUUGGGCUACCUGAAGAUGCAGGCCUCAAUGGAUCAAAUACAGAUCGUGGUGCCGGUGAAGACGCCCAAUGUGCUGCCCCACUGUAAGGUGCGUGAGAACAGUCACAUCACAGCCGAGGAAUGGCAGGCGUUGCAUCGCAGUGAUGGAGAUCCGAUGCGUUUGCGCCUGGACUUUAGUGCACCCGGCGAUGGGAAUGGGAACAAUGCUGCGACCGAGGUGCAGAGUCUGUUUCUGAUCGAUCUCAGCAAUGCAAUGCAUCGACUCUUUGCCAGCAUGAACAUAAAGCCAGCCGAUGCGACAACGCAUCGUCUCUACGACGUUGAGGUGAUUGAACACAGUCGGGACAUUAGUUUCCUCAUCGUGUGUCCCUCGGUGGAGGCUUCAUGCGCAGUGCCCGGACAGUCGGAGCUGCUGCUACAGCGCGAUGAUCUGGCCAGCCUGAGUAUUCAGGCCUUCGAGAUGAUUCACCUGCGCACCUAUCAGCCAGCGAUUGUGCAAAAGUAUGCGCGUCUCUCGUGCAUUCUGGAGCUGGACACGGCGAUGGCAACGCAUUCGCAUCGCGAGGCUUUCUCCAGCAGCGAGCUGCAGGCGGCCAAGGAGCGAUUGGCCACGCUGCAGGAUCUGAGCGCCAAUUUGACGCUUGUGUGGAAGAGCGUACGCUGGCUCAUGGAUGUUGUGGCCUACGCCAGAAAUAAGCAUGCUCAAUCCUCGCUGCCCAUGCGCGACAUUCUCGAGUUUGCGCAUGUGCGUGGCGACGAAACAACGGGCAAACAGCUGCUCCAGUUGCCGCUGCGCGAGUCCAAGUUCAACAAGACGGGGCGUGGCAGCUGGCCGGGACCGGGAGCGAAUGAUGAUGCCGAGCGACAGGGCAAGCCGGAGCAUUCAAAGUCCGAGACGAAUCUAGGACAUAGCGUGCUAACGCCUGUGGCUGUGGAUGCUGUCGACAAGCAGCCAACCCAACAGCAGCAGCAACAACAACAGCAGCAGCCACAACAGCAACACCAACAACAGCAGCAACAACAGUUGCUGCAAGUGAGCAGCAAUGAGUAUGCGGCAUCCACCAGCUCUGAGGUUUCGUUGCGCAAAAAUAGCGGCGACUCUGUGAGCUCCGCCUACACAGCGCGCAGUUUCUACUCCGCCGCCGACUCCGCUUCCGAUGGCAGCAGCAGCGUCUUUGCCUUGCCCCCCUCGCGGUCCGACGACACCUUGGCCGAGGCGCUGCGACAUCCGGCGUCCGCCACAGCGCAACGCAAGAGAACCAGCUCCAACAUUGGUCCCAUACCCACGCCACUGAUCACUGUGCACAGCUCCAGCUCGGCGCCAUAUUUGGGAGGCUCGAGUGUCUCGCUGCGGACGGGCAGCGGCGCCUUUGCCACCGAUUUGGAGCACAAACCUUUGAAGCCUGCUGCCGAGUACAAAGUGAAGGCUGCUUCGAGUGCGAAUCUACGCGAAGGUGGACUCUAUUUGAAGAGCUCACUCUCUGCGCUGCAGCCAGAGCUAAAGCCCGUGGGCAGUGAAGAACCGAUUGCCAGCACCUCGAAGGCAUCGUCGACCAAGAGUCUGGUGCAUCAGAGCAGCGAAGAGGACACGGCCAGCUGUUCCAGCCUGAAUGCCGAGCAGAGCUCGACGGGUGCGGGCAUCAUCCAAGUGUACACCGCCUACAACACGGGCUUGGCCAGCGGCACCAGCCUCAAGCUGCAUGUGACCCCAAAGACAACGGCACGGGAGGUCAUCAAUCUGGUCGUGAAGCAGCUCAACAUGGCAGCGGUGCUGAAGGGCAGCAAGGGACCCAUCUACAGCGCCGAUAUGCUGGACAAUUUCUGCCUGGUCGCAGUGAUUGGAGCCCGAGAGCGUUGCCUGCGCGAUGACUUUAAGCCGCUGCAGCUGCAGAGUCCCUGGAAGAAGGGGCGUCUUUAUGUGCGGCAGAAGCACGAGCUACUCGCAGCCAUUGAGCACUCGAAUCGCAAAUCGCAUUUGAUCUAGAUGUGUAGAAUAUAAGUCAAUCACACACACAACCACUCACACAGCCACACACACUCUUACACAUGGACAGACUUGUAUUGUUGUUGGAUUUCUUUAGUUGCCUCUUCCCAGACAAAGUUCGACGACCAAUUCCCCAAAUUAGACUGAAUUUCAUACAUUGCGUUAUAUGUAUGCAAAAUGACAACAAAUUAUGCAUUAUGAAAAUGGUAUUAUUAUAUAUUUUGAAUAGUUUUACAUCAUACACACACACACACACUACACACACACACAUAUAUGAUGUACAUAUAGCACAUAAAGAAUGAUGAAUUGUUGUUAGUUUUUCUAGAAGAUGAUGAUGGCUUGAUUUAAGUGCAACCGAUUACACCAAUAUAUGAUAUAUAUAUAUAAUAAAACACUACAUAUACAUAGCUAACUAGAUGUAUGUAUAUGUGUAUGUAUUUUUAUCGUACUAUGAUGUAUUUUUGUAGUUUAGUAAACAAGAACAAAAUGUUUUGAUUGUAUUUUUGUGGCAUUUUUAGGCGCACGGAUUUUUUAUUACCAUAAAUAUAUAAAUUAUUGUAUUACAACAAUGUGUAUUAACGGUCGCUACUGUUAAAUAUCAAGAAUUGCAAGACAAGCAACCAGAAUUAAGUAUUAUUGAACAAAUGUCAAUAAACAACGUUUUAAAGUGUAAUAACCCUCUCUCUAUCUCACUCACUCCCUCACUCUAUCUCUCACUCUCUCUUGAUGUGUGUAUGUGUUCGUUAAUGAUAACUAUUCCAUUCGGAGUGCACAAAAAGAAAAACAUACAUAUGUAUUUUAGCUGUAAACAAAUAAACUAUGAACUAUUAAAGUUACAAAAUAUUUACAAAAACAAAAAUAUAUAUCUAGAUUGGCACAAUUAAGUGUUGAAGAUGAAAAAAUGAUAUUAUAUUAUAGAUUAGACUAUCUAUCAAAGCGCCGCAAACUAGUCCAGAUGUUUUUCUGUUUCGAUCUUUAAUAUUUUUGUUGCUUGUCUUCUGCAUGUCCUUCUUCCUCAUUUGAAGCACCUCCAUCCAUAUACUAUGAUAGAAGUAUUUGUAUCUAUGUGAGUUUCCCAUUAACUUUACCUAUCUAAAUGUGACAAGUUAGUUGAUGUCUAGAACUAAUUACACAUAUUAUAAAUAGAUGUACAUGUAAAUUAGCUGCAGUUCUUCAAGUCUAUGUCUUUACUGUACAAAAAAAUGGUAGUUGAACAAAACGUUAAAUGUUUCCUCUCGGUUCAAUAUGAUAACUACACUUACAACUGUAACAUCUAAAUAUUAUAUUUUAUUGAUUUGCGUGCGAUGAAAGCAAAAACUUUGAAAUUGACGGCAACCUCAUCAUGAGUCCAUAAAAUAAAAAUGAUAAACGUAAUAAUCGCAUCUCUGUUCAGAGACUAAGACCAAAACAAUGUUUUUUGUAAAUAUUUAUUCAUUUUGAAUGGCUAAACAAUUUUGAUAAAGUUUUUUAUUAUGCGUUCAACAACAGUCAGUCAAGGAUCAGCAACGAAAAUAGCUAGGAAUUAGCAAUCCCUAAAAAAAAACAAAUAUGAAUACAUCUGCUCAGUUCAAUUGAUCAAAUUAUCAGCAGCAAAAGAACAACAACGAAUGCUCCCAAAAAACAAAUACAAUUCGAAUUUAAUUUCUAGAUUUAGUUAACUAUUGUUAUUGUCGUUUGGUAAGCAUAAUUAAACAAUCUAAAUUGUCAAACAAGUCGCCGUCCGUCCCCAAAGAGAUCAAUUGGUUUUCUGCAAAAAAACUGAAACCAAGAAGUUUUUAUCGAAAAAAAGAGUAUUAUUUAUGUCGGUGAGAUUAGUUAAUGACGCAAUCUAAUUGUAACUAAAUUAAUUAAGAGAUAUUAAAGGUUCGAAUACGAGUAUGCAUAUGUAUAUAGAAAGAUUUAUACAUAUGUGCCCAGUAAUAAAUUAUAUAAUGAGACAGAGAGAGUUGAUGUAUGUACGAUUAAGUAGUUGCUAAAUAUAUACGAGUAUGUAUAUUUAAACCAAUAAAUAUAUAUGAAUGUAUGUAUGUAUAUGCAUAAUACAUGUUUGUAGAUUAGCUAAAAAUGUCUUUAGACUAAACACUGACCCAACAACUAAGUAAAUGAAUAAGAUAGUAAAACUCUUAUCAAGUGUUAAACUCAUACUCUCUCGUACUAACUGCAUGUUAAACAAUCCUAAUCGAUUCUGUUUUGUGUAUUUUGGUGUGUGUUAACUAUGUACAACAACUAAACAACAACAGCCAUAAUAUGUAACAACAACAACAAUAACAAAAAGAAAACAAAUGCAACAAAUGCAAUGAUGAUUGUAUGAAAUACACGGCAUUAUCUUAGAGACACUGGAAACGUAGGAAGAAAUGUGUAAAGCAAAUGAUGGGAGGAGUUAUGCUCGAUACAAAGCAUACUUAUUCAAUUAAUUUAAAUAAAGACUUAAUAACUGUUAUGGUGUCAUUUCGAAA